GGUCCGUUUCACAAAGCAGGUUCAAUAAAACUCUGAGUCUAACCCUGAACUCUAGUUGAUCUACUCUGAGAUAGGAAACUCUGUGUUUUCGGUUCCACAACAGCUGAUUUGAGUUAGUUAAAUCAACUUGGAGUAGUUUCACCUGGGGUUAAGUGCGUGCACCACAACUUUAAAAAGACAGCAUCAAUGGAGCCCCGAUUCGACGAGUCACCAUGGCAAUGGAGAAGAAGAGGGCGGCAUUUUUCACCCCACUGGAACUGGACAUCCUUAUUCGCUCAUAUGGCGAGUUUGAGCAUGUUUUUAAAAAAAAAAUGCAACACUGCUGCAGGUGCCAAACAGAGGGAGACAGCAUGGGAGAACAUUGCGGCUCGGGUCAAUGCGUGCAAUCACGCGGGGGAGAAGCGCACCUGGCUGCAGCUUAAGAUGAAAUAUAAAAACAUUGUUCAAACAGACUUCUACUCAGCCAACAGAAAGAAAGCAGAUGCCCGUAAAACGGGUGGCGGCCGAGCACCGCCACCUCUAACGGAGGCAGAGGCGCUGGCCCUGAGCCAGAAUUUUGGAAGGCCAGCGACUGAGGGAAUCCCUGGAGGGAGCUCAUCCUCUGAGCCCACCCCCCAAGACACAAGUGCCUUUAUAACAUAUUCUGAUGGUGCGAUCUGCCUGGUGGAGCCCCCUCACGCCACAACAGACCUUGUAACUGAUGAAGAGUGCGAGGAGACUUUGUCUGCUGCCUUCACAGAGGGGGAACCAGAAAGGCCUGUAGAGGGCAUGGCUGGGCAGCAGCAGGAGGGUCCCUCAACUUCAACUGCACAGAUUGACACAGUGAGAUGGAUGUUCAGUAAACACCAGAGGUUCAUUCUGUGGAAUUCAUGUGCAACUGUAUAAUUUAAUGUCCUCCUUAUGUAUUCCCAGUUAAAGAUAUCUAUAAAAUAUUUCUGCUGAAAUAAAUUGAAAAACCGACAAAGAAAUUCAGUUCUUGGACCGCCAGAUGAGAAGGGCAGAUCUCGAAAUUGAAUUACUAGAGCACAAGUUAGAGGUGGGUGCAUGGUCACAGGUGAAUUAUGUUAAUUAUGUUAACUACAGGAACAUUAACUAAACUAUCUCUUGUAUUUGUAGGAAAUAAAGAAGACCAAAUGAAA